CCUCCGGCCGGGCCGGGCCGACGAGUCCGGAGGGGCCGCCGCGGGAGCCCCCAGGUUUCCCCAGAUGCCAAGUACACAUUCCUUUUCCUGCCUGAAGAUCAUCUGUGAAAACCUUGGCCAUGGCAUCAGUAUCAGAACCUAUUACGUUCAGAGAGUUCUGCCCCUUGUACUAUCUCCUCAAUGCCAUUCCCACAAAGGUCCAGAAGGGUUUCCGCUCUAUUGUGGUCUACCUCACAGCUCUCGAUACCAAUGGGGACUACAUUGCAGUGGGCAGCAGCAUCGGCAUGCUCUAUCUGUACUGCAGACACUUCAACCAGAUGAAAAAGUACAACUUUGAGGGGAAAACUGAACCCAUCACGGUGGUAAAGCUGCUGAGCUGCUUCGAUGACCUUGUGGCUGUGGGCACUGCCUCCGGGAGGGUUGCUGUCUUUCAGCUUGUAUCCUCGCUGCCAGGGAGAAAUAAACAACUUCGGAGAUUUGAUGUCACCGGUAUUCACAAAAAUAGCAUAACAGCUCUGGCUUGGAGCCCCAAUGGAAUGAAAUUGUUCUCUGGAGAUGACAAAGGGAAAAUUGUCUAUUCUUCUCUGGAUCUAGACCAGGGUGUGUGUAACUCCCAUUUGGUGUUGGAAGAGCCAUCUUCAAUCGUGCAACUGGAUUAUAGCCAGAAAGUACUGCUCGUGUCUACACUACAAAGAAGCCUGCUUUUUUACACGGAAGAAAAGUCUGUCAAGCAGAUUGGAACACAACCAAGGAAAAGCACUGGGAAAUUUGGAGCUUGUUUUAUACCAGGACUUUGUAAGCAGAGUGAUCUGACCUUGUACGCAUCACGGCCUGGGCUCCGACUGUGGAAGGCAGACAUCCGUGGGACUGUUCAAGCCACGUUUAUCUUAAAAGAUGUCUUUGCUGGAGGAGUCAAGCCUUUUGAACUGUACCCACGUCUGGAAUCCUCCAACAGGGGAGGUUGCAGCUUACCUGAGAAACACCUGGGGCUUGUUUCGUGUUUCUUUCAAGAAGGCUGGGUGUUGAGUUGGAAUGAAUACAGUAUUUACCUUCUAGACACCGUCAACCAGUCCACAAUUGCUGGUUUGGAAGGAUCAGGUGAUAUCGUGUCUGUUUCCUGCACAGAAAAUGAAAUAUUUUUCUUAAAGGGAGAUAGGAACAUUAUAAGAAUUUCAAGCAGACCUGAAGGACUGGCAUCAAUAGGGCGAGAUGGUCUGGAGAUGCCAGGAUGUGCAGAGCAGGCCCCCGGGCAGCGUGUGGAGAAGCCGUCGGGGGCCCCGGUUUCUGAGACGAGGCUCAGGGGCUCUUCCGUGGCCAGCUCCGUGGCCAGUGAGCCAAGGAGCAGGAGCAGCUCGCUCAACUCCACCGACAGUGGCUCCGGGCUCCAGGCAGCUCCAGAGCUGGGGAGGGGCAGCCAGCCCGCCUCACAGAGAUUCAGCCUGAUUAGCUCAGAAGACUUUGACCAGGAGCUUGUCGUGAAGCCUCUGAAAGUGAAAAAGAAGAGGAAGAAGAAGACAGAAGGUGGAAGCAGGAACACGUGCCACAGCUCCCUUGAAUCGACUCCCUGCUAUGAAUUUCCGGGUGACAGUCCCCAGUCCUUGAGCACAGACCUGCUGUCCAUGACCUCAAGUUUGGGCAGCAUCGUGGAUCGGUCGAGCACAGAGUCUCCUGACCAGGAGAGUAACCUUAGUGGUGAGGUGAAUGGUGUCCUGCAGGAAAAUAAUGACCCCGAGGCAUUCAGUGUCCUGGAGGUGCCGGAGCCUGCCCCUGACGUACUGAAUGAACGGAAUGGCGACAGAGCUGGACUCCCGCGAUGUAACCGUGCAGACGACACAGAGCCACACAGUGCAGUGUGGACUUCACUCUUGGAGCUGAGGGAAGCUGUGGAAGGUAGUGACGUUACAGAGCUCAGAGAGGAACCUUGUCCCGCAGACGAUGAACUGAAUAGCAGACAGUCACCCUGUCGAGAACAGGACAGCUCUGCUGAGGCCCGGGAAGCGGAGGACAUGCCUGAUGUCCCCCAAAGCACUUUUUCUGAAGUCCCCUUCCUGGACUCCCUCCCGGUGCCUUCCAGCCUCAGCUGGGUCCCCCAUGCCGAGCAGCGGCUGCCGGGGACCAGAGCUGACGAAGGCUGUGCUGAGGAGCCCAGCAAGGAGCAGGGCUUCCUCACGCACAUGGGGGGUCCCGGCCACCUUGGCUCACAUCCCUCGCACACUGUCACUGACGGUGACACAGGCCUGAAGGAAAUGGUUGCCUUGGAAUGUGACACGGGGAGUGUGGGAGGACGGCUGACACCCCCGGUCUCCGCCUUGGCGGCUCACACUCGUGAGCCUCGGCUCGAGCAGCCUUCACGGGACCAGGUGUUGACGUCCAGUGACGAGGAGGACAUCUACGCCCACGGGUUGCCUUCCUCUUCCUCGGAGACCAGUAUGACAGAGCUCGGUGGUAGUCGCUCUCUGCAGGACCUGAGCCAGCCUGGCGCAGAGGACACUGGGCUGCUAAAGUCAGAUCAGUUUGCAGAAAGCUGGAUGGGAUACGCUGGUCCCGGCUACGGCAUACUCAGCUUGGCGGUCUCCGAGAAGUACCUCUGGUGCCUGGACUACAAAGGCGGCCUGUUCUGCAGCGCACUGCCGGGCGCUGGGCUCCGCUGGCAGAAGUUUGAGGACGCCGUCCAGCAGGUGGCGGUCUCACCCUCAGGAGCCCUUCUCUGGAAGAUUGAACAGAAAUCUAACCGAGCUUUCGCUUGUGGAAAAGUGACCAUCAAGGGCAAGCGGCACUGGUACGAAGCCCUGCCCCAGGCAGUGUUCGUGGCCCUGAGCGAUGACACAGCCUGGAUCAUCAGGACAAAUGGAGAUCUGUACCUGCAGACAGGUCUCAGUGUGGAUCGCCCCUGUGCCAGAGCCGUAAAGGUCGACUGUCCAUAUCCACUGUCCCAGGUUGCAGCCCGAAACAGCGUGGUGUGGGCGCUGACAGAGCAGAGAGCCCUCCUGUACCGGGAGGGCGUGAGCAGCUUCUGCCCUGAAGGGGAGCAGUGGAAAUGUGACAUCGUCAGUGAAAGGCAAGCUCUGGAAGCCGUCUGUAUAGCUCUCGGGGACCAGCAGACUCUGUGGGCCCUGGACAUCCGAGGGAACCUGUGGUUCAGAACUGGUGUCGCUUCCAAGAAGCCCCAGGGCGAUGACGACCAUUGGUGGCAAGUGAGCAUCACAGACUACGUGGUGUUCGACCAGUGCAGCUUAUUCCAGACCAUAAUCCAUGCCACACACUCGGUGGCCACGGCGGCCCAAGUGCCGGUGGAAAGGGUGGCAGAUAAACUGCGCAUGGCGUUUUGGUCUCAGCAACUACAGUGCCAGCCGAGCCUCCUAGGGGUCAACAACAGUGGCGUCUGGCUCUCCUCGGGCAAGAAUGAAUUCCAUGUUGCUAAAGGAAAUCUCAUCGGCACUUACUGGAAUAAUGUUGUUCCCCGGGGGACAGCUUCUGCAACAAAGUGGGCCUUUGUGCUGGCUUCCACUGCUCCCACAAAGGAAGGAAGCUCCUUGUGGUUGUGCCAGAGCAGCAAGGAUCUGUGCAGCGUCAGCGCCCAGAAUGCUCAGUCCCGCCCCUCCACGGUGCAGCUGCCUCCCGACGCGGAGAUGAGGGCGUACGCCGCCUGCCAGGACGCUCUGUGGGCCCUGGACAGCCUCGGCCAGGUGUUCAUCAGGACGCUCUCCAAGAGCUGCCCCACAGGCAUGCACUGGACACGGCUGGACCUUUCCCAGCUAGGAGCUGUAAAACUGACAAGCUUGGCAUGUGGAAAUCAGCACAUCUGGGCCUGUGAUUCCAGGGGUGGAGUUUACUUCCGAGUGGGAACCCAGCCUCUCAAUCCCAGUCUGAUGCUUCCAGCCUGGAUAAUGAUUGAGCCACCUGUCCAGCCCGCGGGGGUCACGUUGGUCAGCGUCCACUCCAGUCCCAACGACCAGAUGCUGUGGGCACUCGACAGCAGGUGGAACGUGCACGUCCGGGCUGGCAUCACCGAAGAGAUGCCGGUGGGGAUCGCCUGGGAGCACGUGCCAGGCUUGCAGGCCUGCCAGCUCGCACUGAGCACCAGGACCGUGUGGGCCCGCUGCCCCAAUGGUGAUCUUGCCCGACGGUACGGCGUCACUGACAAGAACCCCGCGGGAGACUACUGGAAGAAAAUUCCCGGCAAUGUGACAUGUUUCACAGUGACCUCGUCAGAUGAGCUGUGGGCAGUGGGCCCCCCCGGCUACCUCCUCCAGCGGCUGACGAGGACGUUCAGCCACUCGCAUGGUGCCCCGAGCAGCCACGCCACCACCCCCCACCCCGAGGACCUGGAGGACGAGUGGGAGGUCAUCUGAAGGAGCCUCGGGCAGGGCCGCUCAGGAGGGAGGAGGCCGAGACGGGUGGCGAACACGGUGGUUUCGGAGUCGCUCGCUCUCGGCCACGCCUCAUCAGCUCUUGCCCAGACAUGUCGGGCCGGCUUGGACAGCCCACACUUGCUUUCAUCCAUGUUUGUUUCCGUCUUGUUCCAGAACCCACAGCCUCGGCCGAGCGACCUGGAGCUGUGGCCGGAGCGGCAGUGCCUCUGAGCUCUUGCCAGGGCCGCCUCCGAGUGCGGCAGCGCCGGCCUCCACCCCGGCCUCUCCAGGCCCGCGGAGGGGACGAGCCGGGGAGCCGAAGUCAGCGUGCUCCCACCCAUGAGGGGGUCCGCACCGGCUUCACGGUCACCACAGGGACCCAAGUUCUAGCACAUUCCAUGCUGGCCACCCCGGCGGGGAAACCAAGGCUGCGUCUGCGAGGUGGGGUGCUGGUCUGUGCCAGGAUGCAGCGCACAAACACACACACACACACACACCCGGGCGCGCACACACCACCCACGCCCUCCGGGCCCACUGAGGGCACGGCACGCUCGCCUCCUGGAGGCCACACGUUACCCAAAACAAUAAAGGCAUAGAAAAGGUGCACGUGUUUCCAAGGCAGCUGUGGCCCCGGGAGGUGUGGCCGGACGUGGGGGAGCUCAGCCACGGGAGCUCACUGAGCACGGUCUUUGGGGUGAUGUCUAGUG